AUGCCAGAGCACUCCACUGAAGGUGAAGACGUUUCCUCGCACAAGGAGCAGCUGGUGCCGUGGCUGAGACCCGCAGCGGAAAGCAGCGCCUCAGCCCUCAGAGCAGCCAAGGACCUCCAGGCCAGAGCCCUCCGAGAGGGCCUCUUGGACUUGGCCGGCCUCAAGGCCACGGAGGGAGUGCACUCCGCUUCUUCGUCUCCGCUCUCCUCUUUCUCUUUCGGCCCCUCCGCUUCUUCGGCUCCUCUUCGUCUCCGCAAGGCUGGGGGCCCGAGGCAGGAGGAGCAGACGCGGAGGCUGCUUGGCGAGCUGCCGGGUGCCCCGAAGCACCGGCCUUGGCGGCGUGAGGAGAUCUCCAUGCAGAUUCAGGGUGCCAAGGCCUCCUGCGAGACAGUGGCACAGGAGUUCGCUGCAAGAGCUGCAGAGGACUGUGUAGCCUCGAAGCAGCAUGCCGAAGCGCUUUGCGACCAGUUCAGGCAGCAGGUGGAGAGGUCGCAGGAGGCUGAGGUCAAGAAGCUGGAGCAGCUGGUGCAGGCCGCGCAGAGACAGGUCGACGUUCUCGAUGCGCGGCUUCAGCAGCAGCCCAGCCCUGCAGAAGCGCUGCAAGCGCAGCAGCUCGCAGCGCAGCAUGCUGCUUUGGCUGACAGCCUCGCAGGUGAGGUCCGGACUGCUGUCCUUCGGGCACAGGAGUCGGCCGCUUCAGCUGCUUCGCAUGCGACAUCUGCAGAAAGCCAGGCAGCCAUCGCCCAGGGUGCUGUAGAAGCUGUGGCCACAGCAGUCGCAGCUGCGGAGAAUCACGCUCGUGACGCGCAGACGUCAGCCGAUGCCGGGUCACGAAGUGUUGAAGCAGCUGAGACGCACGCCUCUGCUGCCCGGAAUGCCUUGCUGGCUGUGCAAACCAAUGCCGAGCUUGUUCGAGAGAAGGCGGCAUCAGUGGAGCAGCAUUCCGUCUCAGUGCAAGGCAUGGCGGAGGCCAUGGCAGAACAGGCUUCUGCGCUGCAAGCGACGUCAUCUGCUGUCGGGGCCGCGAGCGAGCGAACGACGGCCGCCUUAUCAUCGGAGGCUCAAGUCUUUCUGAUUUGCGGAAUACGGAACCACGGAGAGCUGUGGAAGGCCGAGCGUCAUCUGGCCAUGAUGUCCACCAGCUUCGCCAGCGCCGAGGAGCGGGCAGUACUCGACGGGUGUAUCUUCUUAGACAAUGCCGCUGUGCCAUGA